CUAACUCUUUUAGCAUAUCGGCUAGCCCCUGCGACGCCGCUGCUUUCUGCCGCUACGGUCUGUCGCAUCGGGGACUUUCGACCCUUCUGACUCCCCCGGGCGAUAUACACUGAUUUUUAACAUCUGUAACUUAACAUCGGUGAUUUAUCAUGAUAGAAGUUGACUGAGAGGCUCGUUAAUUUUAGGUGUUAUCAUUGAUUUUGCAGCCGGUUUGGCGGGACCGGAGCGGGUUAACAAUACUUAGAGCUAAAGGCUAACUCAGCUAGCGUUGAAACAGGCCAGUUUUUUUUCAGGUAGCUAACACAGCUAGCACAGCGAGCUACCGCAGCUGUCAUGGAAGACAAAUCUUUCACUAAAGAAUUAGACCAAUGGAUCGAACAGCUAAACGAGUGUAAGCAGCUAUCGGAAAACCAAGUCAGGACACUCUGCGAGAAGGCCAAGGAGAUCCUGACCAAGGAGUCCAACGUCCAGGAGGUGCGAUGCCCGGUGACGGUGUGCGGCGACGUUCACGGUCAGUUCCACGACCUGAUGGAGCUGUUUAAGAUCGGAGGCAAGUCUCCCGACACCAACUACCUGUUCAUGGGAGACUACGUCGACAGAGGCUACUACUCCGUGGAGACGGUCACGCUGCUCGUCACGCUAAAGGUUCGUUUCCAGGAGCGAAUCACCAUCCUGCGAGGAAACCACGAGUCGCGGCAGAUCACGCAGGUCUACGGCUUCUACGACGAGUGCCUGAGGAAGUACGGCAACGCCAACGUCUGGAAGUACUUCACAGACCUGUUCGACUACCUGCCGCUCACCGCGCUGGUCGACGGACAGAUCUUCUGUCUCCACGGAGGGUUGUCUCCCUCCAUAGACACUCUGGAUCACAUACGAGCUCUGGACCGCCUGCAAGAAGUCCCACAUGAGGGCCCCAUGUGUGACCUGCUGUGGUCCGACCCCGAUGACCGCGGUGGGUGGGGUAUUUCCCCCCGAGGUGCCGGCUACACCUUCGGACAGGACAUCUCUGAAACCUUCAACCACGCCAACGGCCUCACUCUGGUGUCCCGCGCCCAUCAGCUCGUCAUGGAGGGCUACAACUGGGGCCAUGACAAGAACGUGGUGACCAUCUUUAGUGCUCCAAACUACUGCUACCGCUGUGGAAACCAGGCAGCCAUCAUGGAACUGGACGACACCCUCAAAUACUCUUUCCUUCAGUUUGACCCCGCCCCCCGCCGCGGCGAGCCCCACGUGACCAGACGCACUCCUGACUACUUCCUGUGAAUGUUCAAAAGCCAUCCCCCCCUUGUCAAUCAUCCACGAAGCUCCACUCCCCUGCCCCCCCACCCCUCCACCUCCCACACCCUGCCCCCCCCCCACUUCAUUUUGGAUGGAAAGAAGAUAUUAAUAAUAAUAAUACUGUACCAGGGAGAAUAGAAACAAACAAUUGGCUGAUAAGUUCAAGAUUUUAAAAGAAAAGAGAAACUUAAAGAGCGGCCCCCUCUACAGUCGUGUUUUCAAUAUGC